CAACAGAAUGUCGUGAUGGUUGAGCUGGGAGUGACGACACACAGUACAUGUACGGUACCACACUGUGAACCCAUUCCCCGCUCACUGUGUUCACUCAUCCUCAGUACCUCAUUCAACGCUCAACCACAUGCUCCGCCACCCUCUCCGCCAGUGCUUCAGAUCGCGCUUUCGUCUCUCCCUUACCCGGCCAUUCACCAUGUCUCAGAAAACCCAAGAACCCGUCAUCACCAAACUCUCUGACCUCUCGGUCGAUGAGGCAAAGUGGAUAACCCUCAAGAAGAUUGAGUACGUCGAUCAAGUCGGAAAGGCACGAACAUGGGAGGUCGCAACACGAAAAACAAGGGGAAAAUCUGGUGUCGAUGCUGUCGCCAUGGGAAAUAUUCUUCUUCACCCAUCAAAGCCGGCUUCCACUCUACUCGUCAUCCAAUACCGACCCCCUCUUGAUGCCUACACAAUCGAGUGGCCCGCUGGACUCAUCGACGCUGAAGAGACUGCCGAAGAAGCGGCGGUUCGAGAAUUCAAGGAGGAGACUGGGUAUGACUGCAAGGUUUUGAGUGUCAGUCCCGCGCAGGCUGCUGAUCCCGGAAUGACAAACGCCAACAUGCAGCUGGCAAUGGUGGAGGUUCAAUUGGGCGAGAAUGAUGAAGAGCCGGAGCAACGACUUGAUGAUGGGGAGCACAUUCAGCGGGAGAUUAUUCCUUUGUCUGAGUUGUAUGAGCGUUUGGUUGAGUACUCCAAGCGAGAGCGUACAGUCGUUGCGGCCAAACUGUUUCACUUUGCUGCAGGCAUGCAUUUUGCCCAAACUCAGAAGUACUUUUAGACAAGACACAAUAGACGACAACUGUCACUAUCUCGUAUAGCCUCGAAUAUGUGACAGUCAUCCCAUUGAAGCCCG